UGAACGGUAAUGGUUGCCUUUAUUGUGGCAUAACAUGUGGUAAUCAACUCUUUAAAGAGAUGCCAUUCCAAAAAAAACUCUUCAAAGAGAUAUAUGUUACAAAUGCUGAUAGGCUGCACAUUUGUAAAGCUUCUAAGUUGACAGGCAGGAUUGGAGCACAAAUCAGUUACCGCAGCAGAAACCAGCUUCAAUUCAAUCACUUUGUGUACGUGUAACGAAUAGAUGGGUUUCUUGAUGAUGCGGCUAGUAUUUUUGAGCUUUUGGUGCAUUGCAUUGAGCCCAAGGGCUGCAACUGCAACCGAUUUUGAUGUAACAACUUAUGGUGCAUAUGGCGACGGGAUGACAGAUGACUCCCCAGCUUUUGUUCAAGCAUGGGCUGAUUUAUGUGGAGAUACUUCAGAAUACCCGACAAUGAUCAUACCCCCAAACAUGACGUUUUUAUUAAGCCCUGUGGUGUUUGACGGUUCAUCAUGCGUGGCCCCUGCUGUAAAUAUCAAGCUUUUGGGCAGCAUCACUGCACCUGAUACACUUGAUGGAUGGAAAGAUUGUGCAGAGAAUCGCUUUUGGCUAUAUUUCACAUCAGUGCAAGGACUCACUAUUGAUGGACCUGGCCAAAUUGAUGGCCAGGGUUCAGUCUGGUGGAGAGUACAGGAGACAACUGAUACUUGUCAGCGACCAUCGGCAUUACAUUUUCAUUCAUGCAAGGGCCUUCGGCUGAAUGGCACAAAACAUAUAAACAGCCCAUUUCUUCAUAUUAGCAUCACUAAUUGCCAGGAUGUGGAUAUCGGACACCUUCAUAUAAUAGCACCCGAGGACAGUCCAAAUACUGAUGGGAUCGACAUCAGUGCUUCAUCACAGAUUACUAUCCACGACUCAAAUAUUCAAACCGGUGAUGAUUGUGUGGCUAUUAAUGGUGGCGUUAGCGAUAUGAAUGUGACACGUGUGUUGUGUGGACCUGGUCAUGGCAUAAGUAUCGGAAGCCUUGGGGAAAACAGUGAAUAUGAUACAGUCGAAAAUGUGCAUAUACAAAACUGUAACAUCACAGGAACAGUAACGGGACUUCGAAUCAAGACAGUACCGGAUGGAACGGGGUAUGCUAAGGCGAUCGUAUUUCAAGACAUUUAUCUCGUGGAUGUUCUAAAUCCAAUAGUAAUAGAUCAACAUUACAUCACACGAUCUACAAAUGAUGAUAAUUCCACUGUACCAAUGGAAUCAGCACUACACGUGAGUGACGUGCAGUAUAUAAACAUAUACGGGUCAUCAGCAACAACGCAAGCGGUUAUUUUUAAUUGCAGCGAUGCAUUUACAUGUACUGAUAUUGUGACAAAAAAUGUUCAAAUCACAGGUGACAGUAUUGCUUAUUGUGUAAACGUCGAAGGAAAUUUUGUUGAUACUACGCCUAAUAUUACUUGUAUUUAGAUUCAUUUUAUGUAGCCACCCUUCAUUUGUGAUUUUUGAUAUGUUAAUUUGUAGUAAUAAAUUGAAUUUAAAUUUUAGUUAAUAUGAA